AACAUUUCUCACCCUCUCUCUUUGUAUGAUUGUUAAUUUAUUGCAUCAGCCAGCGACGAGCUCUGUCAUGUCUAGAACAAACGGGGCUGUCACUUCAUUCCUCUCCCUCUUGAUCCUCACCUCCCUGUUUUCCCCAAAGCUACUAGUGUUCGGAUCACCCAUUCGAGACCCUUCUUCCAAAAGACCCGAUCCUCUUCGACAUUUCAAAAAUUACAAUGGAAGCUUUACCAUUACAAACGACCAUUAUUGGGCUUCUACGGCAUUUACAGGGGUUCCCGAAUAUGCAAUGGCGGGAGUGUGGGUGUUAUGCGGAGUGUGUUUCGGAAUUUAUUUGGCUUGUAAUUGGAAGAGUUUUAGCGGCGGUUCUUCUUCCCCCACCAACCAUUUUGAUCGUCACUAUUUCCUAACCUUAGCACUCAUCCUCCUUUUCACCUUUCUUGCCAUCAUAAUUUUUUUAUGCUGGAUCAUAACAGCUGUGUGUUGGAUCCUGACAGGUGCCGAUUUUUUCAUUGAGAGUGUUGCAGAGGAUAUAUGUUCAGCUUUUCAAGAUUAUGUGCAAAACCCCCAAGAUAAUGAUCUUAGCUCAAUUCUACCUUGCAUGAAUUCAACAGCCUCUGAUAAAAUCCUGAGUGCAAUUGGCUUUACUGUCCAUAAUUUCAUAACCAAGCUAAACUUGAAAAUAACAAAAGUAUGUCAAACACUUGGAUUAAAUGAACAAAAAGACGAAUGGUUCCCAUUUGCAAUGAUAUGUGACCCCUUCUCAGCAGCAACAAACUAUAGCUAUGCACCCCAAAAAUGCACGGAUAAUACCAUUCACAUCGGAGAUUUACCAAAUAUUCUUGCAGGGUUCACUUGUUACCGACAGAACUCCCCUCGAUCAUGCAUAAGCAGUGGAAAGUUUCUUUCAGAGAAGGAAUUUAGGAAAGCUUCAGCUUAUAGUUACUCCAUCCAAACAAUGCUAAAUGUAUUUCCUGAUCUAAUGAGCUUGACAAGGUGCAAUGUGGUGAAGGACUCAUUCACUGAUAUUGCCCUGAAUCAAUGCAGGCCAUUUCGGCAAUCCAUGAGAUUGUUAUGGGUAUCAAUGCUAUGUCUUUCUAUUUUUAUGAUGGAUUUGCUGUUAACUUGGGUCGUGAAGGUUUAUCUAGAGAGGGGAAGAAGCUUCAACCGAUGUUCGAUCUUCCCAAAACCCAGACAUGGUCGUCAAGCAGAUCAAACCUUAGGCUAGCAAAUGCACAUUAGUCUCACACAAAUGUAAAUGAUUAUUAUUAUUUUUUUUCUUGGCCUUCAAUGUAAAUGAUUUUUUUGGCCAUAAGUGUAAAUAAAUGAUUUUUUUACCGCAAAUGUAAAUAAAUUUAGUUAUUCAUU